GCCGCGCCCCCGGGGGCCAUGGUCGCGGGGCCCUGCGCGGGGGCGGCCCCCAGCGCGGCGCUACAUGGAGCGGCCCCGGCCUGGCCGCCGGGGGCAGCGCGAUCCCGCGGGGCCCUGUGAGCCCCCAGCGCCACGGCACCAUGUUGCUGGUUGAGAAGACAACGGACUCACCGGCGGCUGAGUUCUCGCUGGUGGAGGACGUGGCGCUGCACUUUGCCUGCUUGAUGGGCCGCCUGAACGAGCAGCGCCUCUUCCAGCCUGACCUGUGCGACGUGGACUUGGUGCUGGUGCCCCAGCGCAGCGUCUUUCCAGCCCACAAGGGCGUGCUGGCCGCCUACAGCCAGUUCUUCCACUCGCUCUUCACCCAGAACAAGCAGCUGCAGCGCGUGGAGCUGUCCCUAGAGGCGCUGGCGCCCGGCGGCCUGCAGCAGAUCCUCAACUUCAUCUACACGUCCAAGCUGCUGGUCAACGCGGCCAACGUCCACGAAGUGCUGAGUGCCGCCUCACUGCUGCAGAUGGCCGACAUCGCUGCGUCCUGCCAGGAGCUGCUAGAUGCCCGCUCCCUCGGCCCACCGGGCCCCGGUGCCGUGGCCCUCGCCCAGCCAGCUGCUGGCUGCACCCCGGCUGCACCAACCUACUACUGCGACAUCAAGCAGGAGGCCGACGCCCCAGGCCUGCCCAAGAUCUACGCCCGAGAGGGCCCCGACCCCUACUCUGUGCGCGUCGAGGACGGGGCUGGGGCCACAGGUGGCACGGUGCCUGCCGCCCUCGGGCCGGCUCAGCCCUUCUUCAAGGAGGAGAAGGAGGGUGGCGUUGAAGAGGCUGGCGGGCCCCCGGCCAGCUUGUGCAAGCUGGAGGGUGGGGAGGAGCUGGAGGAAGAGCUCGGGGGUUCUGGCACCUACAGUCGGCGGGAGCAGUCCCAGAUCAUCGUGGAGGUGAACCUCAACAACCAGACACUGCAUGUGUCCACAGGGCCCGAGGGCAAGCCAGGCGCUGCCACCGGCCCGGCCACCAUGGUGCUGGGCCGGGAGGAUGGGCUGCAGAGACACUCGGAAGAGGAGGAGGAUGAUGAAGAGGAGGAGGAAGAGGAGGAGGAGGAGGAAGAGGAGGGAGGAGGCAGUGGAGCAGAGGAGGAGGAGGAGGAUGACGAGGGCGGCAGUCAGGGGGAGGAUGAGGAGGAUGAGGAGGAGGAAGGGCACAGUGAGCAAGAGGAGGAAGAGGAGGAGGAAGAAGAAGGGCACAGCGAGCAGGAUCAGGAGAGCUCAGAGGAGGAGGAAGAUGAGGAGGACGGGGAGGCAGGGGGCAGGCAGGGGGGCCUGGGGCACCGCAGCAGCCGGGCAGAGCCCCCUGCCCACAGUCGCAUGGCCACGAGGUCUGCCCGGCGCCGUGGUCCCCCUGAGCCGGAGGAGGCCAGGCGGCGGGGUGGGAAGCGGCCAAAGCCACCUGCAGGAGUGGCUCCUGCUCCUGGCUCCCGAGGGCCACAGGCUGCUGAUGGGCUGGGGGCAAAGGUGAAGCUGGAGGAAAAACAACACCAUCCGUGCCAGAAGUGCCCGCGCGUUUUCAACAACCGUUGGUACCUGGAGAAGCACAUGAACGUGACCCACAGCCGCAUGCAGAUCUGCGACCAGUGCGGCAAGCGCUUCCUGCUAGAGAGCGAGCUGCUGCUGCACCGGCAGACAGACUGCGAACGCAACAUCCAGUGUGUGACAUGUGGCAAAGCUUUUAAGAAGCUCUGGUCCCUCCACGAGCACAAUAAAAUUGUGCACGGCUACGCAGAAAAGAAGUUCUCCUGUGAAAUUUGUGAGAAGAAGUUCUACACCAUGGCUCAUGUGCGCAAGCAUAUGGUUGCCCACACCAAGGACAUGCCCUUCACCUGCGAGACCUGUGGGAAGUCCUUCAAACGCAGCAUGUCUCUCAAGGUGCACUCCCUGCAGCACUCCGGGGAGAAGCCGUUCAGAUGCGAGAACUGCAAUGAGCGCUUCCAGUACAAGUACCAGCUGCGGUCACACAUGAGCAUCCACAUCGGCCACAAGCAGUUCAUGUGCCAGUGGUGUGGCAAAGACUUCAACAUGAAGCAGUACUUUGAUGAGCACAUGAAGACCCACACAGGGGAGAAGCCGUACAUCUGCGAGAUCUGCGGCAAGAGCUUCACCAGCCGGCCCAACAUGAAGCGGCACCGGCGCACGCACACCGGUGAAAAGCCCUACCCUUGCGACGUGUGCGGCCAGCGCUUCCGUUUCUCCAACAUGCUCAAGGCGCACAAGGAGAAGUGCUUCCGCGUCAGCCACCCCAUGGCCAGCGAUGGCGCCCCCGCGGCCCCGGGCCUGCCCCCCGCCCCGCCCCAGGCUCUGCCCCUGCUGCCCGGGCUGCCGCAGACCCUGCCACCCCCGCCGCACCUGCCGCCCCCACCGCCGCUCUUCCCCACGGCCUCCAGCCCAGGCAGCGGGAGGCUGAGCACCAACAACUAACUGCCUGCCUGCUCCAAGGGGCCCAGGACCCUGCCCUCCUCCUUGGGGGGCAGUGACACCUCCAGAGUUGGCUGGACACCGGCCUCGCCCCGAGGCCCCUGACCCUGGGGGGUGUGCAGGCUGGCAGCCCCCAGAGCUGGCUGAGGACACCUCGCUACCAAGUGCCCCCUUUCAGUGACUUCUUGAAGCCUUUACUUUUUUUGUUGUUUGUUUUUUGGGAAGUGAAGGAAAAAGAAAAGAGAGGAAACCAUUGGCAGUAUCCCCCUCCAGGUGAGGGGGGCGCUGGAGGCGGCAGGUAGGGGGGACAGGGGCCCAGGGAGCAGGUGUGACUGGUCACUCUGCUGAGGCCUAAGCCAGAGGGAGGGGGGUGGCCCAGCCCAGAUCACCUUCAGCCACUUAUCCGCGCCUUUCCUGGGCCCCCUAACUUGCGCCUCAUAUCCUGGAGGGUUUGGGGAGAAGUUGGGUGCCAUCCCCCUUGGGAGGAGGUGUGGACCCAGUGUGAGGGCUGCGGAUAUCCAGGCAGAGGCUUGAGCCUGGAUGCCCUGGGAGCGUGCCGGGAGGCUGUGGCAAGGCGUGAAGACUGAACCUCUACAUAGGGAGGGUCAGGGGGGUGUGGGGCAGGCAGGGGCUGGACCCCAGACAUUUGCUUUCCCCAUUCACAACCCUGUGGCAGGCACAGGGAUCCCCGACCUGCACUAGGCUGCACCGAGGGCCCUGGGUCCUGGAGAAGAUGUCCCCAGAAGCCACUGGGCCUCAGGGUGUUGUGGGCCAGGCCCUGGGUGGACAGACGGGCUGGCUCCCACAGCACUAGCUCUCAGGGCCUGCUGCCCAGGAGCCCCUGCAGAUGGGUGGACCCCAGGGGCAGGCCCCUAAGGAGGAGGCUUGGGCCAAUGUUCUGAGGUUUCAAGGUGCUAUCAGUGGGGCGGAGGCCAGGGCAGCUGUUCACAGAGCACCCCAUCCCUCACCAGCUGCCCCAGCUGCAUCUCCCACACUAGAGAUGUGUGUGUCUGUGUCUGUCUGCUCCCUGAAGGCAGCGCAAGCCUCCUCCGCUCCCUAGGCCUGGUCACAACCCGCCCCUGGCUGGCAUCCAGCACCCUUGUCCCUCCUGGGCCUCUGUGCUCAUGGGUGGCACAAGGAGCCUGCAUGAUCAGGCCCGGGGGGUCAGGGUCAUGGGCGCUGGGAGAGCCCCAGCCUGUGCCCAAUGCUUGCCCUCACGAGGCCAGCACUAACAGGACAUCCUUUUUUUGUUGUCAUUUAACGUCUUGAUUCCUGCCUUUAAAAGGGGGAGGAAGGUUCCAUAAGCUACAUAUUUCCUAGUUAAGCUCUUUCCUAUUGUGUUUAUACAGUUUUGUUUGUUAUACUCUUUGCACCUUAAACCCCCAUGACUACCCCCACACCACCACCUUCCCAGCAUGGCUGGAGUGGGAAGAGGCCUGAGCCCAGGGGGUCGUGGAGGGGGGACUGGCCCCAUCAGCUCAAGGGCUGAGGGGGUUGGGACCCCUCAGACCUCCUUGUAAGGUCCAUGGCGCUGGGGCAGGGGGCUGGGGACAUUUUAAUCAUCAAUAAACGAAGCACUUUAUUCUGUACAGAUGUGGGUAAGCCCAAGGAGCCCGAAUGAUUUGAGGAUUUAGAAUCCAAGCCACACGGCCCAGAUUGUUUUCUGGGCUUAGAGGGUUUGAGUUUGGGGCUGUAGCAGGAACAGUGCAAGCCAGAGCCUACGUGCGUGCCCUCAGAUGCCCCUGCUGUCCUCUGGGCACCCCCUCAAGAGAGGAAAGCUCCCUGUCUGGUUCCCAGCACUGCGGCUUCCCCACCCCGAGGCUGAGGGUUCUAGCCUCUUAUGGGGUCAGGGUUGCACCUCUCAGGCUCCUGCUCUACUGUAGCUCUUUUCUUCUCCUGCACCCCUUGAUCUCUGGGCUUCCAUGACGUCCUCAGGGUCCCCCCCACUCCCCCCUCUCCCUUGCUAUUUCCAACCUCCAGUCCCAGUGCCUGGCAGCUCUUCAGAGCUGGCCCACAUUUUCCUAAGAAAAGUCUGAUUUCCCCAAAUGGGCUGUAGGCUGGGACUCCCCUGAGCUUCUCACUCCCUGUGGCUGACACCAGGAUCUCCCGUUAGAGCUGGUGGCCCUGUCACCUGCUACCGUCACUGCAGCCUUAGAGAGCCUGGGGGGCCCUGGCCAGGCUGGGCCUCUGAUCCGUGAAGUCAGACUUUCACAAGCAAAGGCUGGAGAUGGGUGUAGGGAGCUGCUGGCGAGACCCUGUCCCAGGACUCGGGUCUCCUACUCUUGUAUGCUUCCCUUCUCAGGGCACGAGAGGGGUCCAGACAGCAGGCUGGCCACUGGUCAGAUGGUCAUUGUAUUAAUAGCUUAGAUGGGCACGUCCACCCCCUCUCCUGGGAGGCCCCCGUCCUAGCAGGGACAGGAGCCCUGUGUCCCUGGUGCUAAAUGCUCUCUUCCCCUUUGGCCAGUGUUGGUGGGAGCUCCUUUCUGGCCAGACCACAAGGGUCUGAAGCAAUAAUGGAACCUCAGCCGUGCCAGUAUGGAUAGGGGUUCUUGUUUUACCAGCUUUUACAUUUCCUUUUUGAUUUUUAAAACAAAUUAACAAGCACCUGGAUAUUGGAGGGAGGGGCUUGGGCCAUCACACCCACUUCCCAGGGCUGGUGAUGGGGAGGGGGCUUGGGAUGAUUACCUCCCACUGCAGAUCUGCCAAGGGGGGCCGCUCUGUCCAGCUGGACUUCUCAGCCCACUUGGCCAAGCCUCAAGUCCGGAACCUGGCCUGCCCCUCCCCAGCUCCCCUUGUAGUCCCUGGUCUUAGGCCAGCUGGGGAUGAGUGGCCAGAGAGAUGACCAUUCAAGCCCCAUGACCACAGUUCUAGGAACCCAGGCUGGGUGGGGGGGGCGGGCAGUGGGGGCAAAGCCUGAGCCUCUGAUCCUGACAUUUGCUGCCAUGUCCCACAUGGCACCCCUCGGCAGUCGGGGGGGUGGCGCUCAGUGGCAAAACGGCUGUGCCCAGGUACGUAGACCCUUGAUGUCUGCCCUGUGUGGUCAUCCCACAGCCCCAGAGUGUAUGGGGGACUGCAGGAGGGUGAGAAGAGUGGAGGGGAAUAAAGGCAGUACAACUGUC